UCGAAUUUCUACAUUUGCUAAAGUGAUGUGAGCUUGAAGCAAUUAGGGUUAAUAGUCCUAUGGCAUCAAAUUAAACCCUAAUUAGAAAAACUACAAUCAAGAUUUGGGAACACACAUCGAUCAUUAACAUCAACAAUUUGAUGGCCGUUGCUUAAGGUAGCCAGCCAGCCACCAAUCUUUGUCUUCCUUCCGUUUCGACCGAAUUCGGCGUUCGAGGACCGAUUUGUUCAUGUACAUUCACAAAUUUUGGUGAUCCAGAGUUGGAGAAAGGGAGAUGCUGUUUGGAGGAGCGAUCGAAUGUGAUCGGAAAAGCCUAACCAUUUUCGUCGCGGUGUUGCUGGUGGUGUUCUCGUCGGGGGAAAAUGGCGUGAAAGCUUCGAUCCACGAGUACAAGAACGAAGGCUUCAUUCCACGCAUCAAUUCUCUGUUCUUCCAUGGCGGUAGCGAAGGCCUCUACGCUUCGAAGAUUCUCGAACCUGCGAAGACUCCGGCGAGCGACGACAACAGCAAACCGCUCAAUGGAAAAUCCUUCAUCAGGUUCGAGUCUGUCGUAUUUAGGAGACCAAAAGAUAUUGCUGUGAGGCAGAACAAAAUGCAUCAAAGUACAGGAGUGGUCGAGGCCAUAAUAUUCGAGGUCAAAGACAGUAACAAAAUCGGGCAUGUUUAUCAAAACUUCAACGCAAUAUGCUGCAACCCCGACCUCGCCAAGGAGGGUUUCUGCAAGGUGGGUAAGGUCAUCAUCAACGAAGAUCCCAACAACCCCGGGUGGCCGAGAAGGGUAGAGACACCGUUCGAGGGGGACAGCGAAGUGGCGACUAUGUCACUUCAAACUAUUGAAAUAAACAAAACCGGAAUGUACUAUCUCUAUUUCGUGCUCUGCGACCCGGAGCUGAAGGGCACGACCAUCAGCGGAAGAACUGUCUGGAGAAAUCCGGACGGUUAUCUACCAGGGAAGAUGUCGCCAAUGAUGACAUUUUACGGCUUGAUGUCUCUGGCGUACCUUAUUCUCGGUCUUCUAUGGUUUCUACGGUUCGUACAGCACUGGAAAGAUAUAAUUCAGCUUCACUACCAAAUUACGGCCGUGAUUUCUCUGGGAAUGUGCGAAAUGGCUCUCUGGUACUUUGAGUAUGCAAAUCUCAAUGCCACGGGGAGCAGGCCGAUCAAUAUUACGUUGUGGGCGGUUACCUUCACUGCUAUAAAGAAGACGGUUUCUCGUCUUCUUAUCCUCGUGGUUUCGAUGGGUUAUGGUGUAAUGCGGCCCACCCUUGGAGGGAUAACCUCAAAAGUAAUUCUUCUCGGGGUUGUAUAUUUUGUGGCUUCAGAAGCUCUGGAGCUUGUCGAGCAUUUGGGGAAUAUUAAUGACUUUGCAGGAAAAACGAGGCUAUUUUUGGUUCUACCGGUUGCCCUUUUGGAUGCCUGCUUUAUUGUUUGGAUUUUCUCGUCGUUAUCCAAGACUCUGGAGAAGCUUCAGAUACGAAGAAGCAUGGCCAAACUUGAGCUCUACCGAAAGUUCACCAAUACUUUGGCUGUGUCGGUGCUACUCUCAGUUGCUUGGAUCGGCUACGAGUUAUACUUCAAUGCCAGCGAUCCCCUAAGCGAGCUGUGGCGAAGAGCCUGGAUCAUACCGGCUUUCUGGACUUUGCUCGCCUUCAUGUUGUUGGUGGUUAUAUGCAUUCUCUUAGCUCCUUCACAUAACCCCACCAGGUAUGCUUAUGAAACUGGAGAGGACGAAGAAGAGGGCAUAUCCCUUACGGGGACAGGAGUGUUAGUGGCCGGGGACUUGGCGUCGAAAGUGGAAAGGAAAGACCGGAAAGCAUCACUUGCAUCCGAUCAUGUGUUUGGGCUGACGGAAGAUCUCGAAGAGGACAAAAGAGAAUGAUAUACGUGCAUCUUGCGCAUAUACCUAAGUUUUCGCCUCUCCUACUCUACUUAGAAUCUAAACUAACAGAAAUCGUAUAUCGUACGAUCCUGGAGCAGAAAAAUCAACUCUGCCUUGGCGUUAGAGCCUACUUGGCUACGGUGAACUGUUUCGACAGUUUCUCGUGCCGUUAUGGUGUCUUUUAAACUUUAUGGUCAACAUAAUGAACAAAUCUUGCUUAGCUCUUGAAUGUUUUGUAUAUUUUGUCCUGAAGGGAAUUCGUUUCGAGCUAAUUCCCGAUGAGAAUAACAUCUGCUAUUCGGGGGAUUGAUUAUCUAUUCCCCUGUUCGCUAAC